CUUCUCACUGCUCUUACUGCUUCAUAGCAGCAGCAGCAGAAUGGACUUCAAUAGUAGCAGCAACAGCAGCAGGAACACCCCCCGCACCUACAAAUCCCGCAAACAACCCCCGAAGAAGAAGCAAAAGACGCAGGUCUACCUCUCUCUCUCCUCCAAACCCCACCACAAAACCUGCUCCGCAUGCGGCAUGUCCUACGACACCCUCUCCCCCGACGACCGCGCCACGCACCACAAAUUCCACGCCCGCGCCCUCUCGGGCGUCGACAUCUCUCUUCCUCUGCCGUCGUCGACCUGCGUUGCCAAAGUCGUGCUUAAGAAUAACGUCCACGCUACGAUUCACAAGCUCGGAAGCCGCGACCUCCCGCGCUCGACAAGGACUGCGCUCGACGCCGCGCUCAGGAUCUGUAACGCUGAACUAUCUGCACCCGACGAAGGCAUCGCGGAUUUCUUUUCUCGCUCGCAACCAGCCGUCUACGUCUGCAUUACUCCAUCUACUUCUUCUUUGUCUUCUUCAUCAUCCUCCUCCUCAGCAACAAUAACAGGCCUCGCCCUCGUCGAACGCAUCUCCUCCGGCCUCUUCAUGUCCUGCUCCUCAGGCCGCAUCCUCUCCUCCUCCUCUUCAUCCUCUUCAUCCCCCCCUCCCACCCCCGUCCUCGGCAUCUCCCGGAUCUACACCGCCCACUCCAGCCGCGGCCUCGGCAUCGCCCGCGCUCUUCUCGACGCCAUCUGCGCGUCCGCAAUCUACGGCCUCGUUCUCCCGCGCGACAAGGUCGCAUUCAGCCAGCCUUCGGAUAGUGGUUGCAGACUUGCGGCCGCGUGGGCGGGCGAGGUGAUGACGGAUCGUGAACUUGCGGUUGAUCGCGGGGUGGAUGUUGAUUCUCUUGUUUGCACGGGGAAAGAGAAGAAGAUACGGGUAUAUAUCGAAAAGUCUUAGCUUUACUAUCAUUUUGUCUAUUCGCUCUGUAAAUAGCUGCAUCUGUACAAUACAUUCUAUCAUUCACAUUCCUAUGCAUCUGGGAUUCCCUGCCGAAUCUUUUUCGUCCGCCCGUCCUUGCGAUUAUGAUUAUCCCUCGCAAACCCACUCUUCUUCUGCCCUCCUCUUCCC